AUGGAUGACAGACGCAAAGGUUGUGGUAGACCCAAAACUCAGAACUCAGAUUCAGAACCACCAAGUGGUAGUGAAGGUUUUCAAUGGCCUCAGUUUCUGCAACAGGUGCAGCAACAACAUAACCAAUUCAUGCAUCAGAUGAUGCAACAUUUGAAUGGGGGUCUUCAUUCUCAAGGGAUUCCACAAGAAGCUGCAGGUGGUAGUUUCAUAGAUUUCUUUCGCAUGAAUCCUUCUGAGUUUCAUGGUGGAUUAAAUCUUGUGAAGGCUCAUGAGUGGGUAACCAACAUGGAGAGGAUUUUCCAAAUAAUGCAUUGUAAUGAAGAGAAUAAAGUUGUGUUUGCUUCUCACAUGAUGAGGGUCCUGCUCUCUUUGAGAACUCAGAAAGAAUUUGAGUUUCAGCAGCUUAGACAUGGUACUAUGUCAGUAUCUAUGUAUGCUGAAAAGCUUGAAGAUAUGGCUGCUUAUUCAAGACAUGCCAUUUAUGCACCAGAUGAGAAGUGGAAAAUCAAUCAGUUCCUUUUUGGUUUAAGAGGUGAAAUUUCUCAUAGUAUUUCUCAGAGAGAAUUCACUACUUAUGCUGAAUUGCUAAGGCAAUGCUAUGUGACUGAGAACAGUUUGAAGAAGGUUCAGGAAGAAAGAGAUAAAUAUAGGAUUAGACAUAAGGACCAUGGAAGGUCAGAGGGACACGUGGCUAAGGAUUGUCCUCAGAAUAAGAAUCAGAUACAAGAGAGGAACAUCAGUCGAGUUUAUACUUUGGAUGCAAGGAAGGCUAAGAGCAACAAUGCUUUGAUUGUUGUGUAUGAAACGUAUUGGCUUGCAAGAAAUUCCUUUGUAUCCUCCAAUGGUGGUUAUAUCGGCAUGGAUGAUGUGGUUGAGACACCGUUAAUUUGUGAAAAUUGUUCGCUUUCGGUGAAUGGUAAAAUUUUCCAGAUUGAUCUUAUUUGUUUACCACUUAAGAAGGUUGAUGUGGUUUUGGGGAUGGAUUGGCUUUCCGCUAAUUCGGUGUUUAUCGAAUGUGAAGAAAAGUUAAUCAUUAUUCCAUCUAGUGAAUCUACUCCAAAGGAUGUAUUAACUACUAUCUUGGAAGAAGUUUUCUCUGAGGAUGUCACUUCUCUUCCUCCUGAAAAGGAAGUGGAAUUCUCUAUUGAUCUGAUACGUGGGAUGACUCCAAUAUCUUUGAAUAAAUUCACCAUUAAGAACAAGUACCCCUUGCCAAGGAUAGAUGAUUUGCUAGAUCAGUUGAAAGGAGCCUGUGUGUUCUCAAAGAUUGAUUUACGGUUGAGCUAUCAUCAAAUUAGAGUUAAGAAUUCGGAUGUACCAAAGACCGCAUUCAAAACCCGAUAUGGCCAUUGUGAGUUUCUUGUAAUGCCUUUUGGCAUGACGAAUUCCCCUGUUGUUUUCAUGGACUAUAUGAAUCGAAUAUUUCAACCUUACUUGGACCAGUUCAUGGUGAUCUUUAUCGAUGACAUUCUUAUUUAUUCUCGUACUCCACAAGAGCACGGAGAACAUCUAAGGAAUGUUCUGUCAGUACUGCAGGAGAAGCAACUUUUUGCCAAGUUAAGUUACUAUCGAAGAUUUAUUAAAGGAUUUUCUCAGUUAGCUUUACCAAUGACUAGACUUACUCGAAAGGAAAUUUAUUUUAAAUGGGAUUCGAAGUGUGAACAAAGUUUCAUGAGUUUGAAGGAAAGAAUAACAACUGCUCCUGUUUUAAUCAUCCAUGAUCAUAGUAAGUCUUAUGAAUUGAAGACUCAUGAAGAGAAUUAUCCAACUCAUGAUCUUGAAUUAGCCGCUGUUGUUUUUACAUUGAAUGUGUGGCGACAUUACUUGUAUGGAGUACGUUUUGAGAUGUUUAACAACCAUAAGAGUUUGAAAUACUUGUUUGACCAGAAAGAUUUGAACAUGAGACAAAGGAGAUGGAUGGAGUAUUUAAAAUAUUUUGAUUUUGAGCUUAAGUAUCACCCAGGGAAAGCAAAUAAGGUUGCAGAUGCCUUAAGUCGGAAAGAGAUGCAUAAAGCUGAGUUGAUGGUGUUAGAGUAUGCAUUGUUGAAAAAGUUCCAAGAUCUUAACCUUCGGUUUGAUUGGACGCAAAAUGGUGUGAUAAUGAGAAAUUUGAAUGUUACUUCUAGCCUAAAGGAAACAAUCCAGCAAGGACAAAUGAUAGAUGAGAAGUUGUAA